UGUAGUUCGAAACUCCGAACUGGUUCGUUGUCAUUAGUUCCUAUACUUGGUACUUCGUUGUAACUUCGUAUUGUUGUGUAUUCCUAGUUUUUUUUUAAGUUUUGGAUUCACCUACGUCAAGUCUUUAACCAUCAUUGAACAUUUGAAAAUAAAUGUAAUAUUGUUUUAAUUAAACCUCUAGUUUAAAAUUAAUUACAUUAAUUGAUUAUUACAUUUAUGAAUAUUACAAACUUAUUGUAUUUGACACAUCAGAAGAGAGACUUUUAAGAAGAAAAAUUGUGUAAAUUACAUAAGUUAUUUACAGACUAGUAUCAGUUCAUUUUGAGAAAUGGAGAUCCCUGAAAAAAACCUAGAUAUUGCCACUAUUGAGUAUGUUAAACCAAAAACUAAAAUGUUUUCAUUUACAUCAGAAGUAUUAGGUGUCACGUUAUAUAAUCAAAUAUUGUGUUUUGAUAAUUGUUUUUUUGUUGUUAUUAAUCAAGACAAUACGUUUUCAUGCUUAUCUGUUGCGAUGUCACAAAGAAAUAGCAUGGAUACAAUAUCCAGUGCUAUUUUCAGCACAGAUCCUGAUAGUAGAUCUGAAUCAAUAGCUAACACACUAUCUAAAAGUUUGAAAACAUCAAUUCCAAUAUAUGUGAGUUUUAAUGCAAACAUUGAAACUAUUGGAUUAAAAGAUGUUAUUUCAAGUUUAAUUAAUUUUUUCAAAUCUCAUUCAGAAAUAGGUAUUUGUUAAAUGAAUAUUGAAUCAAAAUACAAAUGAAUUAAUAUUA